AUGUGCUCGAAAACGCGUAAUUUAGAACUUGAGGGUUAUGAAAAACAGGAUCACGAAGUAGAUCUCCUGAAUGAAGAAGAAAAUGGUGAUGUGUUCCCCAUGGAAGCCGGGGAUGAAGAUUGGUUGGGGAAUUCUCUUAAGCCCUCGCCAGCCUCAACAUUAUCAUCUAGUCAAUCGCCACGAGAUGAAAUAUACAUUGAUGAUGAAGGUCUUGAUGGUUCAGGACAUGGUGGGCCACACGAUGAUUUAGAGAAAGAUCACGAUUUCUCUGGUUCUGGCUUUGGUCCCGAUGACGAGGAUUCCGACAGCGAUUAUCAUCAUCAUUCGCAUACGCACAACACACAAACGGGUAAAUCAAAUAUAAAUAAGCAAAUCGAUGACAACGAUUUCAUAACCACAAGUAGAAAUAACCAAAAUCAGAAUAGUCAUCAUCAAACAUCCAGUGGCACGAACAUUGGUAGCGGCAUUACAAAUACAGGCAUCAUUGGUAGCUCAGCCGGUGGUAGCUCAGGUGGUUCUUCAUCGACCGGGCUCAAUACGAUUGAAACAAAUAAUCAUAAUAAACAAUUUAAUUCCUCUAUUUCAUUGUUUAAUCCCAUUAUGACCAACACCACCACCACCACCAUCACUACCAUCAUUGCCACCCCUGCCACCAUCAUUCCCAUUACCACACAAAAAUCAAAUAUACUAACCACAAUUCCAAUAACAACAACAACAAUCGCAACUAUUGAUAACAUAACCACACCCUCCUCGGUGACCUCAAUGACACAAAACAACAACACUGCCACUACCACCACCCCCACUAACACCCACAAUCUAUCACACAACAAUACAACAAACCAAAACAACAACAACAACACUACCCAUAUUAUUCCCUUUUCCUUACCAGCCACCACCUCAACGACAACCACCAGCACCUCCUCCGCAACAAUUGGCAAAGUUAAUCCACCAUCGACGACAACAACAAUCCAUCAUCACAGCGAUGGCGACGACUUCGAUCUCGAUGAAGACGACGAAGAUGAGGAAGGUCCUCUGCUACAUCACAGCGGUGAUGGCGGUCUCAUUGACAGCAAUGUCGAUGAUGACGAUGAUCAUACCGGUGACGAUGAUGAUGAUGGCGAUGUUAUCCAUCGUCAUGACCUCUAUCCCAGCCACCACGACCAUUUGGAUAAGGUAUCGAAACCCGUGGAUGAACGUAAACCAGUAUUGGGCGGCAACAAAGAUGACGAAGAUGAUUUCGGAGAAAUUGAUGUGGAUGCUGGACAAACUAUUGAACAUGGCCGUAGCAACAACAACAACGAUGAUGAUGACGAUCUCGACGAAGAUAACGAGGACGACAAGACGGAGGAUGAUUAUGAUGAUGCCAUCAACACCAAGGAGGAUGAGGAUGACAAUAGCCCCAUUUACACUGAUAUUACCGAUCCCACCGCCGAUACCGAUUCAUCAUCUUCAUCAGCCACCUCCACCUCAACCUCGACCACCACCGAUAAACGACCUGGUGGCAUUAAUACUCAAGGAGGCACCAACAUCCACGAUUUGGAUACGAACAGCAUCAACAGUCUGCAACCGGAGACUAAAGUAAUUGAACAGACAACCGGCAACGAGGUUCUAAUCAUGAAUGCCAACGAUGACGAUAGAACGGCGAGUUUCUUCGCCCAACCGGGAAUUUUGGCGGCGGUUAUUGGCGGAGCUGUUGUGGGUCUAUUGUGUGCCAUUCUGGUGGUCAUGUUCAUUGUCUAUCGCAUGAGAAAAAAGGAUGAGGGUUCCUAUGCCUUGGAUGAGCCAAAACGAUCACCUGCUAUGAAUUCCUAUGCGAAAAAUGCAACAAAUCGAGAAUUUUUUGCCUGAGAAAAUGAACGGCGUUUUUAAAGAAUAAAAAACCAACAACCACAAAUAAAACAAUAACAAC